GGGUCGCAUCAUGGAGGUGGCACGGCCAGCGUGACGAUCUCCUUCGCUGCAUCUCUUCCCUCCCUCUCUCCUUGCCAGUGGGGCGAUUCGAGGUGGCGGUUCGAGGUCAACCAGAGCAAGGGUUUUGUAUUUUUGCCUGCGCAGCCACAAGUCUUUAUUGGACGCCCCGAUUCCUUCCCCGGCCCCGAGCCCAUUCCCUGUCGUUUCCUCCUCCAUUCGCCACCUCCGCGGAGAGAGACGUGAGGGGGAGCCUUUUUUCCUCUUCUCCGACCUCUCUCUCGCUAUCCUCUCCCCUUCCACACACUCGCUCCUCCAUCCUCAUCUUAUUGCCUCCACACGAUCCCUCCCUCCCUUGUCUCCCCCUCCUUCCCCUCUCUCUCUCUCUCUCUUCGCCUCGCACCCGGCGAGUGGUUUAGUCGGCGGUGAGUGGAGGGUUUGCGAGAUUUCUCGAUCGCGAAUGGCGAUUCCCGCCGGUCACUUGGCCGCGCCGUCCGAGAUCCUCCUCCGCUCCUCGCACUCGAACCCGCUCUUUCUCUCCUCCACCCGGAACUUGGUCUUCCGCGGUGACUCGGCUCAUCUCGGGCAGCGCCAGCGGCGCCGCCGGGCCGCGGCGCUCCGAUCGGGUGCCGGUGGCAGGGGGUGGUCGUCUUCGUACGCGGUUAGGGCGGUGCUCGAGCGCCAAGGAGCUGCGCUCGCGGCGUCGGAGGUGAAGCGUAGCCGGUCGGAUGAUCGGCCUAAGGUUGCGAGUUUGAAUGAUAUCAUCUCAGAAAGAGGAGCUUGUGGUGUUGGUUUCAUUGCAAACUUGAAAAAUGAACCUUCUCAUAAGAUUGUGAAUGAUGCCCUUAUAGCGCUUGGCUGCAUGGAACAUCGUGGAGGCUGUGGGGCUGAUAAUGACUCUGGUGAUGGGGCUGGUCUAAUGACAUCUAUUCCCUGGGAUUUGUAUAACAACUGGGCUGUGAAGCAAGGACUUGCUUCUUUGGAUAGGUCAAAAACUGGUGUUGGAAUGAUUUUUCUCCCAAAAGAUGAAAAUUUUGAGAAAGGAGCCAAGUCAGUUAUAACAAAGAUAUUCUUAGAGGAGGGUUUGGAGGUCAUUGGUUGGAGACCUGUUCCUGUAAACACAUCAGUGGUUGGCUACUAUGCCAAGGAAACAAUGCCCAACAUACAACAAGUGUUUGUCAAAGUCCUUAAAGAGGAAAAGGUUGAUGAUAUUGAGAGGGAAUUGUAUAUUUGUAGAAAGCUGAUUGAAAGGGCUGCAAAAUCUGAAGAAUGGGAAGAUGAUCUAUACUUUUGCUCUUUGUCAAAUCGGACUGUAGUUUAUAAGGGGAUGCUUCGCUCAGAAGCUCUUGGACAAUUUUAUUUGGAUGUUCAGAAUGAACUUUACACAUCUUCGUUUGCAAUCUACCAUCGAAGGUACAGCACUAAUACUAGCCCUAGAUGGCCUCUUGCACAACCAAUGAGGAUACUUGGACAUAAUGGAGAGAUCAAUACUAUACAGGGAAAUUUGAAUUGGAUGCAAUCUCGGGAAGCAACACUCAAGUCCCCUGUUUGGAGAGGCCGUGAGAAUGAAAUUCGGCCAUUUGGGAAUCCAAAAGCAUCUGAUUCAGCAAAUCUUGAUAGUACAGCUGAAUUAUUGUUGAGAAGUGGUCGGACUCCAGCAGAAGCUCUUAUGAUUCUUGUUCCUGAGGCGUAUAAGAAUCAUCCAACAUUGACCAUAAAAUACCCAGAGGUUGUUAAUUUUUAUGACUACUACAAGGGACAAAUGGAAGCUUGGGAUGGACCUGCAUUGCUUUUAUUCAGUGAUGGAACGACUGUUGGAGCUUGUCUGGAUCGAAAUGGUCUUCGACCUGCUCGAUAUUGGAGAACAGUGGAUGACAUGGUUUAUGUUGCAUCUGAGGUAGGGGUUCUGCCGAUGGAUGACUCAAAGGUUAUAUCAAAAGGCCGAUUAGGUCCAGGAAUGAUGAUAACUGUAGAUCUACAGAGUGGUGAGGUUUAUGAGAAUACUGAAGUUAAGAAGAGAGUUGCUUCAACUCACCCUUAUGGUGACUGGUUACGUGAAAAAAUGCGCAUUAUGAAACCAGGGAACUUCCUUUCUUCUGUUAUCAUGGAUAAUGAAACAACCUUGAGACAUCAGCAGGCAUUUGGCUAUUCAAGUGAAGAUGUCCAAAUGGUCAUUGAAACAAUGGCUUCACAAGGAAAGGAGCCAACAUUUUGCAUGGGAGAUGACAUUCCAUUGGCAGUAUUAUCUCGGAAGCCACAUAUGCUUUUUGACUACUUCAAACAACGCUUUGCUCAGGUCACAAAUCCUGCAAUUGAUCCACUUAGAGAAGGCCUAGUGAUGUCUCUUGAGGUCAAUCUUGGCAAGCGUAGAAACAUUUUAGAAGUUGGUCCAGAAAAUGCAUCUCAGGUUAUUUUGUCAAAUCCUGUUCUGAAUGAAGGAGAACUUGAUUCACUGAUGAAGGACCCAAAUUUAAAUGCUCAAGUAUUGUCCACAUAUUUUGAUAUUCGAAAAGGUUUGGAUGGUUCAAUGGAGAAAACAUUGCAGAAGCUCUGUGAAGAAGCUGAUGAAGCAGUUCGGGAUGGUUGCCAACUUCUUGUUCUUUCUGACCGUUCAGAGGAGCUGAUACCUACUCGUCCUGCCAUUCCUAUACUGUUAGCUGUUGGUGCUGUCCACCAACAUCUGAUACAAAAUGGGUUGAGGAUGUCCGCUUCAAUUGUUGCUGAUACUGCUCAAUGUUUCAGCACCCAUCAUUUUGCAUGUCUAGUUGGAUAUGGAGCAAGUGCGAUAUGCCCCUAUUUGGCACUAGAGACGUGUCGCCAAUGGAGACUCAGUACCAAAGUUGUUAACUUGAUGCGAACUGGAAAGAUGCCUACUGUGACGAUAGAGCAAGCACAAAGGAAUUUCUGCAAGGCUGUUCAAUCUGGACUUCUCAAAAUAUUGUCAAAGAUGGGAAUCUCAUUGCUCUCUAGUUAUUGUGGGGCACAGAUAUUUGAGAUAUAUGGACUUGAUCAGGACGUUGUUGAUGUUGCAUUUUGUGGAAGUGUGUCAAAGAUAGGCGGAUUAACUCUUGAUGAGUUAGCAAGAGAAACAUUGUCCUUCUGGGUGAAAGCAUUCUCAGAGGAUACAGCUAAGAGACUAGAAAAUUUCGGAUUCAUUCAAUUCAGACCCGGAGGUGAAUACCAUGGAAAUAAUCCAGAGAUGUCAAAAUUGCUACACAAAGCAGUUCGUCAAAAGAGUGAAAAUGCAUAUUCUAUUUACCAACAGCACCUUGCAAAUCGUCCUGUCAAUGUUCUCCGUGAUCUUCUUGAGAUUAAGGGUGAUAGAGAGCCUAUACCAAUUGGACGAGUCGAAUCUGCAUCAUCCAUUGCUCAGCGUUUCUGCACUGGUGGAAUGUCUCUCGGAGCUAUUUCAAGGGAAACACAUGAAGCAAUUGCAAUUGCAAUGAACCGAUUAGGAGGGAAGUCAAAUUCUGGAGAAGGUGGUGAGGAUCCCAUUCGAUGGAGUCCUCUAACUGAUGUCAUUGAUGGGUAUUCUCCAACACUUCCUCAUCUUAAGGGCCUUCAAAAUGGAGAUACUGCUACUAGUGCAAUCAAACAGGUUGCUUCAGGUAGAUUUGGUGUCACUCCAACAUUUCUGGUUAAUGCCGACCAAUUGGAAAUUAAAAUUGCACAAGGUGCUAAGCCUGGUGAGGGGGGUCAGUUGCCUGGGAAGAAAGUCAGUGCUUAUAUUGCUCGGUUAAGAAACUCUAAACCAGGAGUUCCACUGAUUUCUCCACCUCCACACCAUGACAUUUAUUCAAUUGAGGAUCUCGCUCAGUUAAUUUAUGAUCUUCAUCAGGUCAACCCUAGAGCCAAGGUAUCUGUCAAACUUGUGGCAGAAGCUGGAAUUGGCACUGUUGCUUCUGGUGUAGCUAAGGGCAACGCUGAUAUCAUACAGAUUUCUGGACAUGAUGGGGGAACUGGAGCAAGCCCUAUAAGUUCAAUUAAACAUGCCGGAGGACCCUGGGAACUUGGUUUAACUGAAACCCAUCAGACACUUAUUCAAAAUGGUCUGCGAGAAAGAGUCAUCCUUAGAGUUGAUGGUGGAUUUAAGAGUGGAAUUGAUGUUCUCAUGGCUGCUGCCAUGGGUGCUGAUGAGUAUGGUUUUGGGUCUGUGGCUAUGAUUGCUACUGGCUGUGUCAUGGCACGUAUUUGCCACACUAACAAUUGUCCUGUUGGUGUUGCUAGUCAGAGAGAAGAGCUUCGGGCUCGUUUUCCUGGGGUUCCGGGAGAUCUUGUGAACUACUUCUUGUAUGUUGCAGAAGAGGUCAGGGGCGUUUUGGCACAACUUGGAUAUGAGAAGUUAGAUGACAUUAUUGGACGAACAGAUUUGUUAAGGCCGAGACAUAUCUCUUUGACAAAAACACAACAUCUUGAUCCCAGUUACUUCCUUUCAAAUGUUGGUGUACCUAAAUGGAGCAGUUCUGAGAUAAGAAAUCAAGCUGUUCAUACAAAUGGACCUGUUCUCGAUGAAAUCAUACUUUCUGAUCCUGAGAUUUCUGAUGCCAUCGAGCAUGAAAAGGUGGUCAACAAAAUUUUUAAGAUAUAUAACAUUGAUCGAGCUGUUUGUGGUCGCAUUGCUGGUGUUGUUGCAAAGAAAUAUGGAGAUGUUGGUUUUGCAGGACAGCUUAACAUCACAUUUACUGGAAGUGCUGGACAAUCUUUUGCAUGUUUCCUUACUCCUGGAAUGAAUAUUCGACUAAUUGGAGAAUCUAAUGACUAUGUAGGAAAGAGUAUGGCUGGUGGGGAGCUGGUUGUAAAACCUGUUGAAGGUACUGGCUUCAUCCCGGAGGAUGCUACAAUUGUAGGUAACACCUGCCUAUAUGGUGCAACUGGUGGUCAAGUUUUCAUUAGAGGCAAAGCUGGUGAACGGUUUGCAGUUAGAAAUUCUCUUGCUGAAGCUGUAGUUGAGGGCACUGGAGAUCAUUGUUGUGAGUACAUGACUGGUGGUUGUGUGGUGGUACUGGGAAAAGUGGGUCGAAAUGUUGCUGCUGGCAUGACUGGUGGUUUAGCAUAUAUACUUGACGAGGAUGACACUCUUAUUCCCAAGGUCAACAAGGAGAUAGUAAAGAUUCAAAGGGUUAAUGCACCUGCUGGACAAAUGCAGCUGAAAAGCUUGAUUGAAGCUCAUGUUGAAAAAACUGGUAGCAGUAGAGGUUCUGCAAUUUUGAGCGAGUGGGAGGCUUAUCUUCCUCUCUUCUGGCAACUUGUACCUCCAAGUGAAGAAGAGACACCAGAGGCAUGUACUGAGUUUGAGAAAAUAAAAGCAAAAAGAGGCAUGUCGCUGCAAUCUGCUUGAACAAUGUCGUAAAAACAGAUGGAUAUAUCGAGUUCAAGGUACUUCAAGUGGCAGAAUAAGACUCCUUCGUUGCUACAGUGCUAUCAACGGCCUACAUUGUCUGUGGUCAAUGCAACUAAAUCAAGAAUGCACAACAAGACAGAAGAAGCAGCACUUGUACAGCUACCGUAUGCGCUUUUUCUAUCUUCUCAUGUAUGCUUUUCGACACGGUGAGAUAUAAGUGGUGUGCAACCCAUUGUUUUGUACAUCAUGUUUGCUUUAACAAGGAGUCAUAAUUUGGCAUAAGUUGAUCCCAGUGUACUCCAAACGUCCUAUUUAGAUGUUCACAAUGUGAUCCCUAUAAUUGGCAGGUGUUCGUUCUGUUUAAGAUAUUGAGUGUGGUUCCUAUUCAUAUCGUGGUUCAACAUUGUGGGUGUUAAACAAUUGAUGUGCACUUGCACAAACCAUAUUUAGUUUCCUUGUUCAA